GCAAUCCCAGCCGACGAGACCCUGGAUGAAGUCAAAAUGUCACCAUCUCGUCUGGAUUGGUUCCCCUUUCGACCACAAUCCACGGAACAAAUUCUCAUACCUCCAGUGACGCAAAUAAUCAAAACUCCCAUGAUGCUACACGCUCACGAAUUAAUCCGCCGGAAAUAAGAUCCCCACUUGCAGGGAAAACCUCCCAAACAAAAAAGAAAAGCUUGUUCUCCUCACAGAGUCCAAGUCCAAGUCCAAGCUUUAGGCAACCGCUUUUCCCCCAAAAAGUCUACCAGUGCGAAUAACGCCAACUGCGAGCCUCGCAGGAAUUGGCUUCUCGUGCCCAUGGCCACUAGGCAGAAACCCAAUUACACGAUACCCGGCACUGUAGGACAGAAAUCGAUGCCGUGCGCCCCCACGGGCUCGUUCAUAUUAAACCCGAUCGCCCGGAUCGACGGGAGAUUAUGGCAAUCAAGCUUCGGUGCUCUUCUUGGCUCCGUCAUGGCUGUCCAAGGAUCCGCGGCUGGUCAGUCCAGUCUGGAUGCUGCAUUGAUAUCGGCACCGGCUGGCACCGUGUUGCAGGGGGUCCCUGAAGAAGACGAGGAGGAGGAGGAUGUCUAUCUUCUUCAUGAUUAUGACCCGGAGGCUCAGCGGCAGAGUCAGGAGUGGAAUCCGAGUGGCUCGAAUCCGCGAAAGAAACUCAGAGACAAGUCUUCGAGAGGGACUUUAUUAGGAUUGAGGCUGUUGCCGUGGAGGUGCACGCAUAUGCAGUGCGAGUCGAAGAUCUGGUCGAAAAGUGUGCUCUUUUGUCGGUUUGUGAAACGGCCGUUUUGGAUUCUGGUUGCUCUUCUCGGCCUCGUAAGCCUCUUCUCCUUUGCAUGGGACGGUGUCCUCUCCGUCCUUGCAGAUCGCCGCGAUGCAGGCAUCUUCCCCGGUCAACGGCCGUCUCUCUUCUCGGACUGGCUCACCCACGGCGUCGUCCCCAUCGCAUGCCAUUCCCACAACGACUACUGGCGGCGGGUUCCGCUGUUCUCCGCGCUCGCAGCAGGCUGCACCAGCGUGGAAGCCGACAUCUGGCUCGACGACGACGAGCUGCGCGUCGGACACACGAUGCGCACCGUCCUCCCGAAUCAAUCUUUGCGCAGUCUCUACCUCGGCCCACUCCUCGAGAUCCUCGAGCAGCAUAACCCGGGCAGAAAUCUCUCGUCGGCAGGAACAAAAUCACUAAUCGAAGCAGAAGACUUUUCUCCAGUCGGGAUCUUCGUCACCGAACCUGAUCAUCCCCUAGUCCUACUCAUCGACUUCAAGUCCUCCCCCGAACUUCUAUGGCCCAUCCUUGUGAAACACCUCCAACCUCUCCGCCAAAAGGGCUAUCUCACACACUUUAAUGGAACGACCCUUGUCCAACGCCCAAUCACGGUCGUAGCAACGGGCAGUGCGCCCUUCCACCGCAUCCAAGCCAGCAGGUCAUACCGCGACAUCUUCUACGACGCACCCCUCGACAAACUAGUCCCUAUCCCGUCGGAACUCGUACCUGAACCUGGACCUGAAUCCGCAUUCGCAUCCGAGACACACGGCAUCUCUGAUCCGGAAUCCGACUCCGACUCCCCAUACACAAAAUACAACAGCUACUACGCCUCCGUCGAUUUCCACGCUAGCAUCGGAUCUCUCCCGCUGGGCCACCUCUCGCAGGACCAACUGGCCAAAGUACGAGCUCAGAUCGCGGCUGCACAUGACUUGGGCUUGAAAGUCCGGUAUUGGGGUACACCCGGGUGGCCGGUUGGAUUGCGGAAUUACGUGUGGAGAGUGCUGGUCAGGGAGGGGGUUGAUAUGUUGAACGUGGAUGACCUGAGGGCGGCGAGUAGAGUGGAUUGGACGAUGACUGGGUGGUGGGGGAGAUGGAAUGGGUAGUUUCUUAGUAUAUUUUUUUUGAAAAAAAAAAAAAAAAAAACCGUA